AUGCACAGAAACGUGAAGACAAGUGGACGGGAGGGGACGGCCCUCUCCUUUAUCAACACAAAAGACAUGAGUAAAGUUGGUGCAGGAAAAAAUAUAACACAAUUAAAUUUGGAAAAGUGUGAACAGGCAUCCAUUUUACUUGAUAAUCUGAGCACAUUUGAUGAGAUAGGUGCGUUGGAAGAGGGGCGAUGUUAUAAGGACAACCCAGCAAAUCAUGCGUCUUUAUUUAAUUGGCAAAGGGGGAAUGUGCAGGGGGAGAAGGAAAAGUCCCCCUUGCGUGCAGAACUGACGGAAGAAGAUUUGAUCUCAGAUUUUUAUAAAUAUGUAGGUGUGCCUGGGGUUGCCUCUGGGUGGAUUCCCUACACGAAGGAUGUCCCCAGAAGGGAAGAAAACAUAAGUUACUUUUCCAACAUGGAACGUGGUGAAGAGGUGCCAAGAGAGAGUUACAAAAGGGGGCAAAAUAUAACACAUUCGCAGAGAAGUGACUCCAUCACAGCGCACUACAACGGGGAAAUACAAACGGCGUGUGGUAAAGAGGCAAACAAUGUUAAGGAAAAGAAAAGGACCAAUGCAAAUAAAUACGUGUUCAAUUUAAGGACAGCUAAGAAAGAACUGAUCAAAGACAAGAAAGGAAGUUUUAACAAUACAGAAAAGACCAUUACGUAUGUAAACAAAUGCGAUAGGGAUGUGAUAAAUUUUCAGAAGGAAAAAAAGUUGAAGGAACAAAUACGGAUGCACGAGGAGGAAAAGGAGAAAAUCAAAAACAGCUUUGAAGACAUUAUAAAAAACAUAACAGAAAAAUAUGAAACACAGGAAGAAAAAAAAAAAAAAUUAAUAACAAACAUUUAUAACAGGUAUAUGAACAUGCGAAAUGAGUUUAACAAAAUGAAGAGUAUCACUGAAAAUGUGAAAUCAGAAAAUAAAAAAUUUAAAGAAGAAGUGGACAGAUUAACUGCUAACCCUGUGGAGAGGACCCUCCUCAAUGAUUAUAAAAACAAGCUACAAAAAUACAUACUGUUAGACGACUUUAAGGGGAAUAAGAUUCAGGAGUUGGAGAGACAAAUACAAUCUGUGCGCACCUCCGCAGAGGCGCUCGCCAAAAAAAACGCAUCUCUGGUGGAGGACAAGAAACGCUUACUUAAGAACAGUGAAAAUUUGAAGAGGGAUAAUAUACAGCUGCAAACGGACUUGGAAAAUGCGAGACGGGAAAACCAGCAACUCAGAGAUGAACUCUUUUACAAGGACAUGAAAAUGAACUACCUGGUCACCAUUUUGAACGUGCUCGAUGAGACUAUCCUGGGAGAUGGUGGGUGCAGAGAAGUUCAAAGGGGAGGAGUGGCUCAAAGGCGAGGAGCGACGCAGAAGGGGGGUGCCAUUCAAAAAAUGAACAAGAAAAUAUUAAUCAAAUCGAUCGUCCAAAAAAUAAAAGACAUAAAUAAGAAAAUGCUGAAACAGGAGGAAAUGGUGGGAACGUUACAAAGCAAAGUGGGGGUCGUUGAAGAGGAGACCUGCGCAGAGGUCAUCACACGGAAUGACACACACGAGGAGGGGGAAAACCAAAAUGAAAAUCGCAAACUACUAGAAGCCUAUUUCAAUUGCAACAACUUUAUUCUGAACGAAAGUGCACGGGACGUGACCACGGGGGAAAACAUACAUGCAGCCUUUUUUGUGAAUGGUGGUAACGCGGGGGGCAAAGCUUUUAACCACUGUACAGAUCAGCUGGACCAAGUGGGAAACGACCCCACCGCUGAUGUCUCGGUGGCGGGGGCAGACGGAGCAGAAGUGAACAACGGCGCGCAGUAG